UGUGGAGGCGGACACGGAAGCUGGUCGGACAGCCAUGCGCAUUGCCCCUCGCCGCAGGCCCCGGUGAGUGUCUCCAGCAUUGUGUCCUCUGCCGGGCGGGUUGAGCGCCCUUGGCCGCCCAGCACACAGUCAGGUUGGCAAAAAUGGUCUUGAAAGAAAUCCCAACUGAAUCUUUGGCCCGUCCUUUAUCACGGAAUGAAAUAGUUGGUUUAAUUUUUCGCCUAACAAUAUUUGGUGCAGUAACCUACUACACUAUCAAAUGGAUGGUAGAUGCGAUUGAUCCUACGAGGAAACAGAAAGUGGAAGCACAGAAACAGGCAGAGAGACUAAUGAAGCAAAUUGGUGUAAAAAAUGUCAAGCUUUCAGAAUAUGAGAUGAGUAUUGCAGCCCACCUUGUUGACCCCCUGAGUAUGCAGGUUACAUGGGAUGAUGUUGCUGGUUUGGAUGAUGUGAUUGCAGAGCUCAAAGACACUGUGAUAUUACCAAUUCAAAAAAGACAUUUAUUUGAAGGUUCCAGGCUGUUGCAACCUCCAAAAGGUGUACUUCUGUAUGGGCCUCCAGGCUGUGGAAAAACUCUCAUUGCCAAGGCUACUGCUAAAGAAGCUGGAUGUCGAUUCAUUAACCUACAACCAUCCACCUUGACUGAUAAAUGGUAUGGAGAAUCCCAAAAACUGGCUGCAGCUGUAUUUUCAUUGGCUGUAAAGCUGCAACCUUCGAUCAUCUUUAUUGAUGAAAUUGAUUCUUUUCUGCGCAAUCGGUCCAGCUCUGAUCAUGAAGCUACAGCAAUGAUGAAAGCUCAGUUCAUGAGCCUCUGGGAUGGUCUUGAUACAGACUCUAAUUGUCAGGUAAUCGUGAUGGGUGCCACUAAUAGACCACAAGAUCUAGACUCUGCUAUUUUGCGAAGGAUGCCGACAAGAUUUCAUAUAAAUCAGCCUAAUAUCAAGCAACGAGAAUUAAUCCUGGCUUUAAUUCUACUAAAUGAAAAGGUGGACAAUUACGUGAACUUAAGUGAAAUUGCUAAGGAAACUCAUGGCUUUUCAGGGAGUGAUCUCAAAGAACUCUGUAGAGAUGCAGCCAUGUUCUGUGUCCGAGAUUAUGUAAAUGGCUCUGAAGAGGAGGAAAGUGCUAAGGAGAAGAUUCGACCCAUCAAGCAACAAGAUCUUCAGAAGGCAAUAGAAAAGUUGCGGAAGUCUAAAGAAGCUACUGUUUCAAAUGGUUUGCUGCACGUCAGUGUAGACUGAGGAUAACCUCAAGCUCAGUUGGAAGGUCAAUCUGGGCUAUAUGGGCUUAAUGACUUGCUGAAUGACGGCUCCUCCUUGCUCACUGCAAGAGCUGCAUUUGAAGAAAGAAGAGGGAUUUUUUUCCCUCAAAAAAUAUUCCAUUUCUGUGAAUGUAACACCACCUAUCAAAUAUGUAAACUGAACUCAGCAAUUCCUCUGGUUCAUCUUCAAAGAAAACUUUAUACCAAAUUUUUAGUGUAAUUUUUAUUCACUGGAUUGUACCGAUAGAUACGAUAGGAUUUUCUGUAGUUGGUUCCAUUUGUGAAUAUAUUAGUAGCAUUGUCCAAGAUGUAAAAUGAAAAGAGUACUGCUUGAAUAGUCCAAAUGCCAGAAAAAAUUUUAGUGAUCUUUAAGGCAGGUGAGACGACUGACUGGAUCUCACUGCAACCUAGAGCUAUUAUUGAUGAUGAAUUGGAUUAAUUGUGGAGUCCUAGAAAUGGAUUGAAAUUUAUGUGAAGAAGCUAUUCAGAGCAGUUUUCGUUGACUUUUGGUUGAACAUUAGUCAUGAUUGUUAAGUUAAUUAAAGAUAAAAGCAGCUUAUGCUUUUUAAAUGUAUUUUUUAUUUUAUGGGUCAAGGUAAAUAAAUGUCUGAAGUCUAUAAUGUUUUAUCUUUUUUAUUUGCUUUGAAAAAUGUAAGCUGUUAAUUGUACAGACUGCUAUCUUUGCUAAUAAUUUUGAACAAUUCAAUAUAUGCAUUCAAUUUUGGUUUCUUACCAAAAAAUUCUGAACUUUAUAAGAUGUGUGGGUCAGUGCACAAUAAUUUUUAUGAAGAAUGGCUUAAAAUUGGAAGCUUCAUUUGAACAGAAAAAUAACUGAAGCUUUUAAAACAAAUUAAUGAAAAAUUGAGUUCAUAAUUUGGCUAAUUGAAUGAAGGCGAUGUUCACAAGAACUUCUUUUAACAUAAGGGUAGUUAAUGGUCUGCCUAUAUCUUUUUAAGAAGUGUUUUAUGUAUAAUGCAUUUGGGGAAUAAAAACCAAAAAGGUGGAGGUAAAACAGAGAAAUAAAUGCAUUUACAGUAGAUCCAAUUGAGGACUUUAUAUCAAUACAAGAUUAAUGUGAUUACAAUGUUUAAUAAAAUUGGCAUCAGUACAUUUACUAAUCAAUGUUAAAUUAAAGUUUCAUUUACAGAUGUAGAACUUUCUCUGA